AUCGAAACUUCAGGAGCGCUUUCAAGGGCAGCUAGGACGACUUAAACUCCGGGCCAAAUUGCGUAACCUAUGCGCAGCUGCUAGACUAUUCCAUAACGCCAAGCAAUGCCGCUCACGCCACAAUAUACUUGGUCUGAAACUGAAGCAUCUAUAGAUGUUACAAUUGAGGUCCCGGGGAUCUCGCGCAGCAAAGCCGAUGUAUUCGCAACUGACGCAUUCCUGAAGGUCAACUGCCCUCCCUAUCUAUUCGCGCUAGACCUUUAUAAGGACGUCGAUGACAACAGGAGUUCGGCCACGAUUAUACCAAGCGGGGUCGUAUUUAAGCUUUACAAGCGCGAGGCAGGGCUAUGGGGCGUGCUGGCGGCUACCGGCGACAAGGCCGCCCUCACACAGCGCCGCAACGCCUCCAUCGACCGGGCGUAUGCAGGGCUGGAGGAGGCUCGCAAGGCGCGGCUGGCCCGCAAGCAGCAGGAGGACAAGGACGCCACCCAGCGCUCCAUGGAUGUGGACCGGCGCAAGCGGCAGGAGGUGGAGCGGCGCAAGGCGGAGGAGCUGGCGGAGGAGCGGGGGCGGCUGGAGGAGUGGCGGGCGGGGCUGAAGGAUGGCAAAGACGCCGAGUCGGAUUACGAGGAUGAGGAGGAGGAGGGGGAGCAGGGGCCGGCGCCGCAGCAGGAACGCGGGGUGGGGGAGGCGGCAGCGCCUGACCACCCGCAUUACCACGGAAAAGGAUGGAGGCCCUCCACGGGGACGGGUGCGGCGGCGGCCAAGUCCGCUUCUGCUGCUCCAGCCGCAGCUGCCAACAGAGGAGGCGGUGAGGAGGAGGAGUACGACAGUGAAGGGGCCGAUGACGGCAGACAGGGGCGCAGUCGCCGCGAGGAAGCAGACGAGGAGGUGGAGGAGGAGCCGCCCGCCCAGCUAGCUCCCCGUGCCGCGCCCUCCUUCAAGCCGCUGCCGCCACCCAGAGCCACGCUACAGCCCGUGCAGGUCAGCUUCACGAAGCUGGAGACGGGCCACCUGCCCGCUCGGGAGCACCGGGAGGAGGAGAUCCGCGCCUUCAGGAAGCAGGCCACCAGCUCCCCCGCGCCCGCUGACGGCGACUGUGUGGACCUGGCGGAGCGGCAGCCGCUGUUCCUGAAGGACAAGGGGGACGCGAUGUACAGGGCGGGGAACUACAGCGGCGCGCUGAACGCCUACUCCCGCGCGCUGCAGCUGGACGGCCGGCUGCCCGCGCUGCACGCCAACCGGGCCGCGUGCCGGCUGGCGCUGGGCGACGCGGGCGGCUGCGUGGCGGACUGCGACCGCGCGCUGGAGCUGCUGGCGGAGAGCAGGAGCAGGCUAUCGCAGGGUCUGCUGCACGGGCCCGAUGCGGUGGCCCUGUGUCGGCAGCUGGUGCGGCUGCUGGUGCGGCGGGCGCAGGCGCGGGUGGCGCUGGCGGAGGGGGGCCGGGGGGCGGCGGCAGCAGGGGGCGGAGCCGGUGGCACGGAGCUGCUGGCGGCGGCGCUGCGGGACUAUGAGGACGCCAUGAGCCUGUCCCCCGGCGACGCCUCCCUGGCCGCCGACGCCGCGGAGCUGGCUGCCUCGCUGCAGCCCGCUGACGCCGCGGCGCUGCGGCAGCGGGGCGACGCGCGCUUCCGCGGGGGGGACUACGAGGGCGCCGCGGGGGCGUUCGGGGCGCUGCUGGGGCUGCCCAGGAGCCGGGUGCCAGAGUCCGAGCGGCUGGCCGCCUUCUCCAACCGCGCCGCCUGCCACCUGGUGCUGGGGCGCUACGCGGCGGCGCGGGCGGACUGCGACGCGGGGCUGGCGCUGCUGCUGCCGCCCCCGCAGCAGAACACCCACAUGCAGGCGGGGGCCGGGACAGCAGGCGGGGGUGGAGGUGGAGGUGGAGGUCCGGAGUUCGGGGCGGCGGCGGGCGAGCAGGGGCUGGUGCGGCUGGACGCGUGGGCGCGGACACUGCACCUGCCCGCCGACAACACCGACGCCCGCAGCAGUAGCUGCAGCAACGGUGGUAGCGGUGAUGGUGUUGAGAAGGCCGGGGAAGGGACGGCAGCAGCAGCAGCAUGUGCUGGUAGUGCUGGUAGCAGUGGUGGUGGCUGCGGGCUGGCCCCCGCCGCGGCCGCCGCUGCUGCUGCCCGGCUACUGACCCGCCGCGGCGCCGCCUCCGCGCACCUGCAGCACUUCGCGGCGGCCGCGGCGGACCACUCCGCAGCGGGCGGGCUGCUGCGGCGGCUGGGGGAGGUGGCGCGGGCGGAGGCGGCGGAGGCGGAUGCGGGCCGCAUGAGGGCGCUGGCGGAGGGGCGGGAGCAGCUGCCGGCGCCGCAGCGGGAGCAGGAGCAGACGGCACCGGUACCGCUGUCACCGCUGCCGCCGCAGCCGGAGACGUCGCAACAAGAUCAGCAGGAGCUAUCAGGGCCUAUAGUAACCGCGUUGAUGCAGCCAGCGACAAUGCAGGCAGCAGAGCAGCAGCAGCAGGGGAAGGAUGGGUUGGAUGGAGGCAGCGGAGAGGUGGUGGGGGCGCAGGUGCAGGAGGAGGGGACAGCUCGCCAACGGCGGGAGGAGGAGCAAGAUGCUUCUGGGGAACAGGGGAAGGAGCAAGGAGGUGGAGGAGCGCUAGGAGGAGGGUUGAGGUCAAGGGCUGAGAUGGCUGCCGCAGCAGCAGCAGCUGUGUCUGCUGUGAGCCUACUGGAAGAGGUGGAUGAUUGAUGUUCGUGCUGUAUGGUUGCUUUGGGGCACUUCUAUUUAUGUCCUCUGUGGCUAGGUAAAUUUUAGCGCUACAACGCGCCCUUGUAUCUGUGCGCUCGCGUUCAUGAACUGUUUACCGCAGCAGUAGCUUGCUAGCUCGUCGCUCGUCUGGGAUGUUGCAGGGCCACUUGUUCCCCAUUCAGCUAGUACAGUUUGCGGUCCGCCGCCUUUAUAUUUAAGUGUUUUAGUGCUUUACGAGGCUUGUCGGAAUGCUCUCCUUGCAGCAAACGAAUGAUCAUCCGUACGCUGCUGACCUGGCUGAACCACAUUAAGCCUGGCGGUUUAUUCCUGUGAACUCUCCAAUAGUGUACCAAGCGUCGCUGUUCGACUACUGUUCUCAUGCUGCGUAACACAUCGCCUUACGAGGAAAUUCUCCACCGGCACUUGCGAUGCUUCUCCUGUGAAGGCUCAAAGCAUUGACAGCCGCUGCUUAACAAAAUCAGUUGUUCCUGUCUAUAUCUUAGGUACCCGGCAGCAGAGUUCAGGCUCCCAUUCCGUAACAUAGGCCAACCGCAAAGAGCGACAAGACUGUGGCCUUGGUUCGGCGCUCCUACACAGAAUAAUGGGAAAUUUAUGCUUGAAGGGGAAUAGGCCUUUGGCCGCUGAUACGGCAUCACAGGAAUGCCAAGGCCUUACACUCCCUCCGCCAGCGCCGUGGCGGACCGUGAAGGAGUUAGGGCUGGGGACACUCCAGGAAGUGUGUGUGCAAGCGGUGGUGGCUGGCUGGCCGCAGCUGCCCCCCGCGGCGCUGGAGGCCCUCCCCGCGGACCUGCUGCAGCGUGUGUUUGACGAGCUGUCGCUCCGCUGCCAGCUGUCGGCCGGGCUGCUGGGCCGCUUCCGGGAGCUGCAUGUGGAGGAGCUGGCACUGGUUGGCCGCCCCGACCUGCGCGAUGAGCGGCUGCGGCUGCUGGACCGCUGCUCGCGACUGCGGCUGCUGGACCUCAGCGGCUGCACGCAGGUGACCGACGCGGGCCUGUCAGCGCUGCGGCGCCACGGCGGCAGUCUGCGGGUGCUGCGGCUGGCGGGGUGCGGCGGGGUGACGGAUGCGGGG